AUGGCUCCGACCAUGUGUGGCGCCACUGUCCGAGUGAUGAGAGCAGUGAGAAAAAGUGAACAGCCACCCGAGAGUACCGACAAAAAACCAUCGGUCGCGCGUCCCAGUGAAUUGCUGCUAAAGGACAGUGAGGGAAGCACGGAUGCUGUGAACGAUGACAGUAAACACGACGAGUGGUACGAAAUGAUGAGUGCUGCAUCGCCAUCCAAUAGCAAGGCAGAUCGCGGAGAAGCUUCUGUUUCGCCGAGUAAUCAGCUGGGAGCCAGAGGUGGCCUGGAACGAUUUGACUUGGAACCGGACAGUGCUGCAGAUAUAGAAGCCCUUGAGCAGUCUUUAACCGCUCUGCUGGAUGAUUUUCGGUCGGGACGCAUGAGUGCACUGGGUGAAGACAGGCUGAAAAUGAUGCGAAAAGCCAGGCAAGAAAUGGAAAAUUUAACAGCCUUCCAUGUUAAAUUGCAUAAAAUUCAAGCGCCAAAUUUUUCAACUUUCAGGCAAGCCAUUUUUUCAGAAAAAAUUUGUUUUGAUGCAUGUCUGAAUGAACUGUACAAUGUGUGA